AUGGUGCAGCAACUGCAGACUGCAGCCUGUGUGCUCAUUGUGCUGUUUGCCAUCAUAGGCACAACGGCCGUGUCACUGCGUCUGUGGGCAAGAUAUAUCACCAAGAAAUGGGGUCUCGAUGAUAGCAUAGUGCUCUUCGCCUGGCUCCUGGCCGCCGGCGAAACCUUUUGCGUAUACCAGUACACGCUCCUGAGUUAUCAGGGCUACCAUGAACGAGACAUUCCCAAACAAACCAUCGAACAGAAGAUCCUCGCCCAGCAAUACAACAUAGCCAACCAGGUCCUUUACAAUCCGAUCCUGUCGCUCAUCAAACUCUCUGUUAUCGUUUUCUUCCAGCGGCUCGAAGACCGACGCAGGAUCGUGCAAUGGAACAUCUAUGCCUUGGCUACAUUCGAAAUGGCGUUUAUGAUUGCAUCGACUUUGGUGGAUAUCUUGCAAUGUUCCCCGGUGCGGUAUGCAUGGGAGGGUGCCCGCAUGGAUUUGGCCGCUCAGCAAGCUGCCGGGGCUGAUGAUAAUGGCCAGGUGAAUGGAAUCACCAUCAAGGGAGGACACUGCAUCAAGCAAGGAAAUUUCUUUCUUGCCACCAAUGGAAUUGCCAUCUUCACCGACAUAUGGGUAUUAAUCAUCCCUGGUCUGAUCCUCUGGGACUUGCGAAUGCCAAAAAAGGCGAAGAUUGCUGCUUUUUGUAUUAUUGGAGCUGGUGGGGUAGUUGCUGUGGUGAGCAUUGUUCGUGUCAUCAUCUACUCCUGGCGCUUCAGCCCUAACAACCACGACAUGUCCUGGGGUGUGGGCUAUACGACAUCUGGAAUGGUCGUGCACGUCGCUUUCGUGGCUGCGUGUGCGCCAGCCCUCAAAGCAAUCUUUACACGCUUCUGGCCCAAGUUCUUCGCCUCGUCACGCAAUUACGCGUCUAGCAAGAGGGGCUAUAGGGGCUACAGCCACCCCAACAACAAUAAUAAUAGCUCAGGCGUCGGCGGCAUCACCGUAACCAAUUCCAUCCACGUGAGUGAGACAAAUGGUCACGAAAUGCGAGGUGGUAUCUCGCGGCAAAAGCGGGCUACCGAAAGCGAGGAAGAGAUUAUGUCUUACGGUGUAGCUUGA